CUGGUAUUGUAAGUGAUAUUGCUGUCUCUAUCACGGCAAAUUAUCAGCAGUAAUCGACUGAACAAAACGCUGUUAUUCGCGUCAGUUCUGCUGGAAUUUAUCUGUGAUUAGUUUGGAUAGGUGGUGCUGUAUGGGAAAAGUUCUGUCUUCCUGGAAUUCCAGUCGGGGAGGACCAAUCUAUGCAAGAAACGACUUGCUUCAACUGGGAAACGUUUCUACGACUUUCCACGAUCCAGUUGAGACCAAGAGCCGCGAUAGCUGGCGUCUCAAGAAGAAGGUCCAGCGUUAAUUUUACAGCAUCCUUAUAAUACUCGCUAAACGGCGCGGCCUGAUUACACUCAAGGGAAUCUCGUAUGCCGCAGGGAAAGUUACUCUAGUCCUUUCAGUGAUACUUAAAAUGUCAUUGUAGGAAUCUGUACCAAAAGCCUGUGAGCACACCAAAGGGACAUCUGACAUGGCGCAGAGAAAGUUACUUUCAUAAUCCUUUCUGCGGUGCUUGCUGAGGAAUCUGUAUGAAAAGUCCGUGAGAGUCACUGGAAGUUGUGUUUGGAAGUGUUGGCAUUGAGUUGCAGUACCAUUGCAUCAAGAUGUGGUAGAAGUCAAGGACAAGCAACAUCCUCGCGGCCAAUAAUAAACGGGGGUGUUGCGAAUAUCACCAUGACCACUAAUACUGAUAAAGCCAGGAAGGUAAAACCCAAGCAGUCACGAAGGCGAAAGAGGAGGGCCACCCUAGCUGACCUGAGAGAUAUUGAUAUUCUACGACCCAUACCCGAGACGGAGGAAGACGACAAUGAAGACGAACAGGCAAAAUGGGAAUCAAGGCCUCGGCUCAGGCGGUGUAGCUCACUUGAAAUUUUCAGUCUAAGUAGAGAAAUCUUUGGUAAUGAUAUCAGAAAAACUGCGGGAAAAGAUUUUGAAGAUACCUGUAAGGAUAAUACUGAAGUUGUGAGGCCAACAUCCAAGACUGCCGAUAACAGGCAAGCGCUGAAUCAGCUCCCUGCUGAAGCGGACUUUGCACUAAAUCAGCUUUCUCCUGUGGAGAUAGAAGGAAAAGAAACUAAGUCUGAUAAAGUGACAAUACUCAAUAAACAAAGUGAUAUUUGUGACCCUUUAGGGCGGAUGAGAGAUGGGCAAACUGAAACUGACGUUAUGACUCUAGUUUUUUCUAAUGCUGAACAGGACCAAUGCCAAACUAUGGAUCUUGAUCAAAAUGCACAAUCGAAGCAUGAUAGUCGUGAUUUUCCUAUUCAGGUUGAUACCAAGGCGGCCCCAGAGAUUCGGUUGGAAAACGCCCCAUCGGUGUUCAGAGGGAGGAGAAGCGGGGCGGCCCCGGAUCCCGUUAACAAGGACGUCAUCGCUGCCUCAACCAAUAGCAGCGGAGAAGAAGACAAUGAUGAAAGUGAGUCGGACUCAGAAACCGCCAGUAUCAAGAGUGCCGUUAGUAACUAUGAGUUGACUAACGACAUCAACGAGAACGAUGACCCAGACCUCGCGAACAGGGUGAACAUAGCGAACAAUGAUUGUAAAAGCCAAUGGGAUGAGCCGGGCAAUGAUGCGCUAUCGUUGCCUGACGAUGAUGAGCUUAGCAAGGACGCACGCACACCAACCGGGAUGUCCAAUUCUAGUUCCGACAAUGAUCUCGACCCAAGGAAGUUAUCCGAGCUUUUGAAGAAAGCUCACGGCUCUAUGCGUCGUCGCUCGAGUAUGAGCGACAUUUAUUCUUAUUACGUGUCCACUUUACCAUCCAUUGUCGAGAGGAGUCGUAAGAGCAGCAUUGCAUCUCGUAAAUCAAGUUUUGUGAACUUAGAACAAUUUCAAUACAACAGCGAAGGAAGCACUUCAAGUUUUGAAAGCAACUGUCGCGAGAAGUCUUUGGCUCAAGUCAAUGGGAAAAGUUCAGUGUACUUUAAGACGAUUUGCACGUCACCGGGAAUACUUAAGCGGCGUAUGUCUCUUGGGGACGUGUUGAAUAGUCUCGCACCAAGACCGGAGUCCGCUCCACCAAUCACAACACUUGAAAACACGUCACGUGACAACCAAUAUGUACCACAGCUCGAUCAAAAGGAACACAAGCCUGCUAAUCAAGUAAAGUCGACGGUUCUGCCAAGUCAAAAGCAAAGUUUGGUCGACACUUUGAAGAAGAAAGUCAAAGCGACCUUAAGGAGACGUAACUCCAUCGCCUCCACAAAACCAUGGACAGGAACUCUUGAAACGUCACUGAGUCAGUCGCUAGAUCUUCAUGGGUCGAGGGAAAUGGAACUUGAUAGCCAGCCAUGCCAAGAAAACAUUAAUUUGGAGAUACCUCUAUGCCACACAGAGGGUUAUAGGAGAAAGAUAGCAACCAAUCAUCACCCAGCUGUUCAUGGCGAAUCGGAUAAAGCAGAUCUAAAAAUCAACACAGAGACUACUGAUGAUAACAAGAUGACUAAUAGAGUCAAGACAAAAGAAGAGUCACUGGGAACCUCGCCCAGACGGUCAUCCAUUGGUGGCUCGACUCCUACUUCUAAACCAAGUAACAACAAUCACCAGGGGACUAAAGCAAGUUAUACCAAUGACCAGGGGACUAAGUCACAGCCAGAAAAGCUCUCUCUUCCAAGCAAUUAUUCACUAAACACACAGAAUCGUGUUAAUGAUCCCAAAAAGGUGGAACACGAGACAAAACGGCAACCGGUGAAGGCUCCUCUGACGAGGAGUAAUUCUUUCAACACACCAAAUCGCAGCAAUAACCCCAGGCGCAUUGAACCCAAGCCAAAACAGCAACCUUUCAAGUCUCCCCUUACAAGAAGUCAUUCUCUCAACACACAAAAGCAAAGAAAACACAGUGAAAAGCUUGACACAACUGACGUUGGAGUUGAGACGUCUUUAGGUAAGCUAGAUAAGACAAAGAAGGCGGCAAAGACCUGUGCAGUCAAUCUUGUACGUAGGCUGACUCUUGAUAUUGGUAGACGAGCAGCAAAGGCUAGGCCGGACUCAAAGAAUGAAGUAUUGUCGUCAAGAGAUAAUGAAGGUUUGAAAAAUACACAAAAAGAAUUAAACAAGAGCAGUAAAUAUGAAUCGUCCAGGGAUGUGCUGAGGGACGACAAAGUAACAGAAACCAAUGGAAAUAUAAAAUCAUCAACAUCACCGAAAUCUGGCGUACCCCCUUCAGAAGAAGUGGAACGCAACAAAUAUUCGCCUAAUGUGGGAAUGACUAAAUCACAGAAAGAAAGCAAUGAAGCGCAGUUAUUUACACCUAAAUAUGUCCAUAACAUAAGUGGGAAGGAAAAAGCGAAAAAUGCCAGAGCACCAGACAACAGACAGAAGACAGACCAACUAAAUAAUGAUCGAAAGCCAUCAGUUACAAUCAUGAGGCCUCGUUCGCCUUUUUCGUUCUCCGUGUCAACAAAUUUGUUAGCAGAAAGACAAAAUAUUCAACAGCUACCAACUCUAAGAGACAAAAUAGAGAAAAGGGAAGAUCUCGAAGAAAACACAAAGUCAGAAGAAGGCUCCAUUCUUAUAAAAAACACUCCACAAACAGAACAAGCAUUGAAAGGUCUGAAUGUAAAAGAUAAGGAAUUGAACGACGAGCUUGAAGUAUUCAGUGACAUGCUAGGAGAGCUCGAACAAAUACCCCUGAACAAAAAUAACGUCACCCCUAAUUCAACCACUAUUACCCAAAAGACCAGUCUAAAAGAAAAUCCAAAGACUCUCCCUGAGACCGGUUUAUCCAGCCCAAGAAGUUCUCUCCCAACAGACCAGAGGUUUGCAGCACUUAGUGAGCGGUACGCCGCCAUUAUGGCGCGAGUCGGUCUUAGUACCGGUGUUAUAAGUGGACAAGGCGCUGUCAAAAGAGAGGUAGAGGCUGGAAUUGAGAAUGAAGGUACGAUGAGCGACUCUAAUCUCAACUCGACUCGACUCAUAUCACCUGUUGCCAAAGCUUCGUCUCUCUUUGCAGCUAUCUCUACACCACCCUCAAAGAACGUGGGACGCCUUUCUCCACCAAGCGAAUCUAUAACUCUUGACAUUAACAAUAAUAACGUGACAGGGGAGGUUCAUGACUCGAAUGUCGUGUCUUUCCAAGAAAUUGAAAGUAAUUUGGGACGUUCUGAUAAGAUGUCUCUUGCUAAAGUAGCGGAACCCAUUCCAAGAAGCAUAACUCAUUCACUUCAGGCGGUUGAUGCCGUACACGUGAAAAAAGGUCACAUUUUAUCGCGGAGCGAUAAAAUGGAAGGAAAUGGCAACAAAGGGGAGCCGAUGCAGAUAGGUCAAGUCAAGGAUCCAAAAAUUGUUAUGGAUUUAAUGACAGCUGAUAGUUCCACCAUUGCGACAGAAGUACAAAAAAGUAGUGCCUCCGGCCUCAGCUUGACAAUGUUUCUUGAGCAGCCCCGAAAGACGGUCGUUAGCCGCUUCAUACACCACAAGAUGGCAAAGAAGACGCCGUUCAUCUACACGAGGGUGUCGGUAGUGUUCAGUGAAGCAGAAGCUAGGAUAUCACGUGUGCCGGAUACCAUGCCGGAAUUCACGAGGUGCCGUGCGUACAUUGAGAGGGUUACACUGAAAUCAUCUAUCAAACCUGAGGCGUUGUCUAUCCGUCAGCUGUUGAAGGGUCUGGGUCCCCUCCUUGAAAUGGAACUCUUGGCGGUCUGCAAGGAAAGCAUCAAGACACUAAGGACGCUAGACGCAUUAGGAAGUCUACCGAGUUACAUUUCGUUGGAUACAAUUAUGGUCAAUCCAAGUGGAACAGUCGAGUUUAAACAACUCAACUCAGGUGUCACUGUAGAUGAGCUCUUCCUGGCUCCAGAAUACACAAACAGUUUCUCCAUUGACAAGACAUGCGUGUUUGGCUUGGCUGUAACUAUAUGGCUAGCCGCUGACUGGAAACUAACGGAGGCUCAGAGGCCCUUGCUGUCGAGAUGCUUUCUGGAGCUGCUGUGGUGUAUGCUUGAGGAUGACGUCACUGCUAGGCCCAGCUUGGACGGGGUGCUGCAGAAAUGCGAGUCGCUGCACGAGGAAGGUCACAUGUCAUCAAGGGAACGCUGCCAGGCCUUGUUAUGGGAGUACCAGGCCCACGCGGUUAUAAGCAGCCAGCAGGAGUCGCGCAUAGCGGGGGACAGUAAUUCCAUCAAGUCUCGCCACACCGCGGUCAUGGGUUCCAUCACAGUCGCUGGAAACAUCAAGGGAUUUCUAAGACAGACUAAGGCCCCAAAAGAACGAAAUAUAUUCACAAAGCCACAGAGGAAGACAGAGUCCAUCGAUACGACUCCCGAGGUCCCAACCACAACCAAUGCCAGGGAGAUAUCCCACGAAGUAGCAAACCUGACAAAUUCACCAAGCGAAGUAAGACCGCAAUCUCCAGCUCUUGGUUCAAUCCCUCAGCCUAGCACUCCUGUGGUGUUCACCACGGUACCCCAGGUCAGCGGUGCAGCCAUGGCCAUGAGUCCUGGCACUGUGUCUCCCCAGGUCCACGCACCGGCGUUUGUGCCAAUACCUGUCCCAGUAGGGUCCUCACCUCUGUGGUACAUGACCCCGCAGGGGAUGGUCCCAUACCAGCAAAUCCCUCCUACAGGGUUCUUCAUGCCGGUGGAUGCCUCGGUCGGGUCUGUUGCAUCGUCUGAGAGUGAGAUGGGUGAUGUGGAAGAAGCGAGGCCGCUCCAGGUCCGUCCAAGACAGAGGACUUCUAGCGGGGAAGGUGAGAGGUCGCCAGAGAUACGUAAUCGUGCCUCUCCAGUCAUGAAGUCUCGCAUCCCUCGUCCUGUUGCGGAACCUCGUCGCCGUAUUUCACAACCAUCCCGCCCAUCAGAUGACGACUUUUCUCCUCCAGUACGCCGGCGCGCGCAUACCAACGCUCACAAGAAUAACCCACAUUCACUGCGGGCUCGAACACCACCACCGUCCUUUCAAAAAGCCAGCCACUCCUCGGGAACACCUCGGUCCCAAACUCCACCUGUCAGAUGGAGACGAAAGAGCUUGAAUGACAGCGACGAUGAACAAUCGCGUCAUCGUAGUUAUUCUAACCCCUCGUCCAGUCACCCUCGGUCAAACCACUCAGCUCUCGGAAGCCGCUCCCGUCCAUCGAGUCCAGGCCAACAAGACCAGUCACCCAGGCCUGGUCGCUCACGUGUUAACAGCCCAUCACGUGACUCGCGGCGCAGCAGCGGGGGCUCUAGGCCUCCAAGUCCAGUCAAAUCACGCUCAUCAAGUCCAGUCUUAGAUUUAAUUUCGAAAUUUGAAAAAUUGUCCAGCGAUCCAGCUGGAGAAUCUAAAUCAGUGACAACGCUUCUAAAUAAGUUCGGUUCAUCAUCGCUGCUUUCUGAGGACCGCUUAGAAAAGAAGCAAUUUAAAGCUCAUCGGGAUCCAAAUCGUGCCAAGGCAGGUCCACUGCGACCUUCAUCAGCCAUGGAACAGACCUCUGAGCUGCGUGCACCGCCAGGUGGCUCCCUGUCAAGGUCAUGGCCGAUGAAUCGCAAUCCGGCACAAGGUGAGUCCACUGGCGACGAGGAUUCCCCGUACGUCAGCAAGGACUCCUACAUAUCGAGUCCCGAAAGGAACCCGCGGGACCAUAGACAUCGUACGGGAUCAAGCUCGGAUGGAGAACGCUCGUUGUCCAAUAAAUCGCGGGAGCUGCAAGCGUACCUUGGUAAGGGAGAGAGAGAGAAAUACCUGCGAGAAAAAGAGGAGGUAUCACUGUCUGUGUCAAGACAGAGGACGUGGUCUUCCCUUGAGAAUCUUAAUAAUGCGGUAGAUUAUAUUGGGUCAAUGAAUAAUGCUAUAAUGCGCAAAUCUUCAUCAAUGGAGAACUUUUCUCAAAGGGACCAGCCUCCCGUGCGAACCAAAGGUAUUUCGACCUCUUAUGAAAGGGUUGAUAAGGCUGGAGAAUACGGCACAAGGCUUACUAUACACUCCACCAAGAAAGACAAGCAUCAUGGGGAUUCCAAACAAGACCGGUUAAACUGGUCAGACAUUCAGUUUGAACCGGUUCGUGAUAGCAACAAAGGCAUAACCUCGAUCACUUCACCCAAGAUUCCUGUCGGGUUAGCUGUGAAGGAUAACAGAUCUGAGAAUGCAGCAUUGUUUACGGUGGAACCCUCAAGGACAGGACCAUUCAGCCCGUCUCUUUUUAGCCCAAGUGCAGUCCAAGGUUCAAUGUUCCCUUUCCACCACCCGGUGAAACUCGAGAGAAGUAAUACACCUUUGAGUCCGCCGGCUUCACUGAGCCCAUCACUAAAGGAAUGCAAGCCUACGAACUAUUUCUCCAAUGUGUCCUUUGAUCAGGAAAAACCGGAGAACGAUAUCCUUAUGGCUAAGACACCGGAGAAAAAGACUUGGGGGGAGGAACAUAAUCAAAUAAGGAUCGAAGCAAUGAGUAGUUUGGGUGGUAGUUCAGCGGAUAAUUCGGGGGUUAGGUCGGACCGCGCAUCUUCGACAGGUUCAGGAAGUGAUCGAAGACGGAAAAGUUCUUGCGAUUCCGCAUCAUCUGAUACAGUGUUUACCAGUAAUAUCGGUGGUAAUCCGGAUUAUCUGAAACGCUUUGAGAUGCGAAUAUCAAGAACAAGCUCGUCUGGGUCCGCAGGCGAAGUAGAACCUGACUCAUCCAGGCUCAGAGCAGACUCUGGAUCCGCUUCAAGUAAUGGGUAUCACUCAAAAAGUCAAAGCAUCUUAGAUGGGACCACACCCACCGUCGAAAAGGCUCGACCUCCUUCCCUUGCACUUUCUCACGAUGACACCAAAUAUGAAACCACCCCUAGAAAAGAUGGGCUCAACCCGUCUGGUAAUCCCCACUUGUUUGAAACUCAAAAAGACCAGGGUAGAAGAAAGGCGCGUCCAGUGUCUCUAGUUCUGUCUCCUGGUGAGGAAUCGAGUAGUAUGCAUACACCAAUUGCACAACCAUGUGGUGAUUACCCCGAUUCUAGACCACGAUCGAAGAAACCCGCUAGUCAACCGACUACUCCAACGGUUAAACCAGACCAAAGCUCGCGGCGCCAAAGCACGCCAAAUGCCCUGCAGAGUUCUAAGGGAUCUAAAGACGUCGGUGAUAGGAUCGACAAGUCCUACACAAAGUCUUUAGUACCUCGCGACCAACUCAAUACAGGCCGACCAGCUUCACCUUCUCUUACUAAAUUCAGAGAACAGAUGGCAAAGCGUGCAAGUCGGCCCAACAGUCCCUCAUCAUCAACGCGCACUCACGCCGACUCUGACGAUGUCUUCGAUUUCCCUACUGUUGACGACAAAGUUGGCAGAAGUAACUCUCGGGGUGCGACUCUACCAGAGAAUGAAAAUAAAGAGGAGUUCGUUGAGAGAUUCGUACACGACACUAGUUUGCAAAUGCAGUCUUCGACAUCUAACUUCAAGAAAAGUACCUCAAUGGGUAACUUGAAUAGAAACCCACAGGAGGAAUCAAGAGCGAAGAGAAAGAUCUCGGAUACCGUCGUCUCACGUUCCGCUGCAAUUGUCGAAAAAACGUCUUCGGGAUUUUAUAAAGGACCUGAUUCAAAUGAUGUCUCUAAUCCUGUCACAUACAGCAAAACGAAGAACCCGCUAGUUGAGAAGCUUAAUCUCUCUAGCUUUACAGGCAGCUCAACAAGAGGAGCAGUAAGUCCAACAUCGUCGUCCUCCACAGCGUCAUUAUCGCCUACCUCGAGACUUCCAAUCAAUCAAUUCAUGUUCUACAAGCCGCAGAACGAGUCAUCGAACGGGAAACAGUCGCUAAAGGGGGCAGGAGUUGUCAUCACGGAUACAAGUAGACAGCGCGUGGAUAAGAAGGUAGAAAGCAGGGAGGUGAAUGGUAAGGGAGACCAGGGGGAUGACAAGAAGACAAGGGGAACUAGAGAGGAUGAUAAGGAGAGGCGCAAAGAAAAUAAACCCGCUCUUCAGCAGAAGGAGACAGAGAUAAGUAAGAUUUGCGCAGCUCACAGUGAAACAGUCAGUGCUAUAUUUAACGCAGCGAGAAGAGCUUCGCUUACUCCACGGAAUGACAGCGAUGAGUCAGACUCAAGCAAAGAACGCGUUGACUUAGAUCCUAAAAAUACAGGGUUGAAAUAUACGAAGCCACUCCGAAAAGACAACAAUAAAGUCUCGACAGACCAUGAAUUAUCUCCAACGUUUGCCCAAAGCACAUCCUCGACGCCGAAAAGUGUCACGGACAAACCAAACCAAACUUCAGAUCGUCCAAUGAGCAGAAAUUCUAAUUCAUCGUCGUCUCGUAGAUCCUCUCUUACUCCUAGAAAUGACAGUAAUGGCUCCAACACAAGCCGAUAUCAACCUGGAAGUCACUUAUCUAAAUCAUCAUCGCCUCGAAGAUAUUCCCUUACUCCUAGGCAUGACAGCAAUAGCUCCAAUACAAGCGAAGGCCGCCCUGAAAGUCAAUUAUCAAAUGUAUCUUCUCCUCGGAGAUCAUCUCUUACGCCAAGACGCAACAGCGGUACUCCUGAGAGUCUAGACCGGUCAAUGUCUCCCCAUGAUAAAAGUCGCUCCUCAAGCGCUCUCUCUGAUGAAGGUUUUAACGCGCUUAUAAAGUCCGUUCGUCGGAGGUCACUGACUCCUCAAAAUGAUAGCGACCGCUCCACCGAUAGCCUGGAGCGGAGUAUGUCACCGGAGAGUCGUAUUGCAAAUGCUCUAGCCAAGAGACCGCCAUCUCCAGGUCGCGUCGACUCCAAAGAUUUACUCGGACAUCUUGUCAAGAAGGUACUGACUUCAGCAGCUGCAAAACAAGGAUCAGGGUCGGAUCAGGUGUCCAUUGUUGACCCAGAUACACCUAGGAGUAAAACAAAACGGAGACCCUCUCCUGGCCCAAUUGAAAGUUCGGUGAAAAGAUCUGAAAAGUCAACACCCAAACGGUCGCCGUCUCCCGCAGCCGGAAAGCAAAGGGGAGAUGAGGCAAAAGGUCGGUCGACGCCGGUACAAACACCACGACGCGGAAGCCAAGACAAUAGACCGGCAGAGAACUCUCAGUACACGGAGAACACCCCAAGGAAGGAUGAAGGGCAGCAGAAGAAAGAGGAGAUCAAGGCGAGUAUCGUUACAAAUCAACUUAACGCCGCGCAGGACGUCAGCAAUGGCGACGAGAAGACACGGUCAGCAAGGGCUUCACAACCUAAAAUGAAGGCUGGUGCAUGCGCUGAACAAGACGUGCUAAGUAAAUUGGUGGAUAUGAUCCAUGAGGAAUUCGCGUUUGACGGUUACCUUGACGACGGUGUUGAAGACGUCAACAUGGCCGAGUACAUCAUGUCUCUGUCCGGAAUGAACGAGGAGAUGUUUAAGGAGGCCGUUAGUGAUCAGUACGGUGAUUUGUACUGGGAUGAUGACUUGCUGGAGGAGAUGUACCUUGUGGUUACCAAGGGACAGCAGACCAGGAGGCCGACCCUCCAGUUCUCAGAGAGCACUGUGAGCGACUACAGUCUUUCAGAGUCUGUUCUUUCACGUGAUGGGUCUGUAUCGGAACCCGGCACAGGGUACCUGAACUCCCUGUCUCGUACCAGCAGCGACAGGAGCUCGGUGGAGAUCAGGGAUUACGUGCUUCUAUCGCUCGGAGAACCCUCCGAAUUUCUGCCCUUCCGUGUCAUCGCCCCUGACACCAUAAGGGACAUUAACGAUGAAUUGGUGCCUUUGUUUGACGACUACCACAAAGUGAUGAAAGUGAAGCUGUCGCCCAGCAUCAAUGAAUUGACGGAAAGACUUGGAGCCAAAAUCCUGGAAAUCAGUCAGCAGCUAACACUGGAAAGAAAAGCAAAGCGAAAAAAUGUGACGUCUUUCAACAAGGUGGCUGAUAUAGACCACAAGAAAGACGUGAAAGAUCUUGCAGCGAACCUACUUCGUGAGAUCGAAGAAAGUGACAGAAAGAUUAUUUACCUGAAAUAUAUCCAGCGGCGAUUACGGAAUAUCUACGCAGAGCGGUUCGGCCUCAACCAUACCCUCUUGUUCUCCUUUGCUACCAGUUACGGGGCCGAUGACGUGAUGCUGGAGCCAUCCCAACAGAACAAUCUCCUCAGCUUCUCCCCCUUAUGGGAUCAACGAGGCGCGGAUAUGAGCGACGCCCAUGGCGAGUCGACACGAGGACCUAUGCUACAGUACGGAACCAUGCUCGGCCUCUUCUCGUACCUCUUCGGACGAUUUGCCAUGAGCCAGGCGUACGUGCGCUACUUCCUCUACACCUACCGCUACUGCGCCACGCCCUCUGACCUGUUCAACUUCAUACGGGACAAGUGCCGGGCUUCCCUCAGGGCGGCAGAUUCGGAGUCCGGUCAGCCUCUCAGUCACCAGCUGCAGAUUCGGUACCGGGCCCUUGACAUUCUGGCCGAGUGGAUAGAUUCUUGCUACAGGUUCGACUUCAAGCCAGACCCAGGCCUUCUCGGGCAGCUGGUAGCCUUCAUCCAAGAGGAGUUUGUACCCGUGGACCGUACGGAGCGUGGCGCUAUGUUGCUAGAGCUUAUCUCAGAAAGGCACCGCAAGGAGGAAGACGAAGAUGCAGAGGAAACACCAGACACCAUGGCCGUAUUGCAAGCAGAACUUCCACAAGGGGCUCCAAGCAUUAUGGAUGCAGCAAGAAAGUUGACUCCACGGCGCAAAAGCAAGCCCACGGUACAAUGCUUCAAGCGAGGUUCUCCCCAGGCCGCCUCUUUCUACAAACCCACAGCAAACCUGAAGGCAAUGUCCGUAACAGACCAUUCAUCGCGCACUGUGGCUCAGCAGCUAACACUCAUUCAGCAGGAGUUGUUUACACGUUCGCAUUCCAUUCACUUUCUCAACUCACGUACGCUGGGGGUAGGGGUAGGGAGAUCUUCCCCCACAAAAGAGGGAUCGUCUUUGAUGGACAACAUGCUGGGGUUCAGCGCGGGAAAACGCAGAGGCAGUCUCCUGCCUAACGAGCCCACAGAUCUCUCUUCCAGCGGCGAGCACAAUCUGUUCGCAGGCUCAUGCAACAUGGACGGCAGCCUGGAAGCUAUGCUUGAGCAUGCUCAAGAUGUAUCCAUGUGGGUUGCCGUGGAAAUCUGCAGUGCAGCUUCUGUUAAGAGUCAGCUGGUGUUGGUGACCAAGUUUGUGAGUAUCGCCAAGCACUGCGCAGAGAUGAGAAACUUUGCCACGUGCGUGCAGAUCAUUGACGCUCUCGAAAUGUUCGUCAUCAAACAACUUCCGGUCUGGAAGCAAGUACCUAACAAAGUGAUACAGUCGCUGGAGGAGCUAAAGGCGAUCAAGGUUCUUCUUAAGACGGACAGCCUGUGGUUGUUGCGGGACCAUGCAGUCCGAGAAAAACCCACAAUCCCUUGCACGCUCCUGUUCCUGAUGCACAUCCAGCAACAAGAGAUCGGUGGAUUCACGCUCGCGAACGGCAUGUUCAAGUGGACUAAGAUGAGGUCAAUCGGAAGGCUUGUGGAUCAAAUCCGUCUCUUCAAGCAGAUGCGAUACGCGUUUGAGGCAAAUGACUCCAUGAAGGAGCACUUGGUGCAGCGCAUCCUCGAAUGCCGUGAUCUAAACCUUCACACGCUGGCAUCCGAAAACACCGCCAACUUCCACCUAUCCUCCUCACAAAACUCUCGAAAAUUCCAAGACGCUUUCAAGAAGAUGAAGGCGACCUUUGGUCAUGGAUGAUCCCAUGCUCGAUUACCCGGCUUUUUUGGUGCGCGUAAUGAGACUUGUCGGAUGCAUCCACUCGCAAAGACUGCUGGAUCUCAAAGCAUUGGCACAGGUAGCCCAAGCUCUUUAUUUGUCCCUAUUGAUUUUACGGUAAACAUAGGGAGAAAAAAAAAUUAGUGUUGUUUAUAUUUACUUCGUUCAUUCAAAUAGUGAAUCUUGAACCUUGAAAAAUGCGCUUUCAUUCGGCCAUAGAACACGCAAAAAGUAAAUAUAAACACAAUACUAGAUUACACACGUCUUUUCAACAAGUUGUUUUUUAUUUUUCACUCAUUUUACUUUUCUCCCAUGUUUACCGUAAAAUCAAUUAAUCAAAUAAAGAGCUUGGGCUACCUGUGGCAUUAGAUGACAAUCCGUGAAAACUAGUGCGUCAUGUCACGUGACUCAACGCACUUUGCUCUUCUGUCACACCGCAGCAAAUCCCUAGAAAUGUAUUUGCGAAAGAAUAAAUCUUCAAAGUGAUCAUUAGUUUCAACUAUAUUUUUUCAGUGUGAGACGUAAACUCCGUUUAAUGCGGGCUUAUAUAUAAUAAAAAUACAUCAUUUAGAAGGUAUUACAGACUUCUCUGACUCAUAGAAAAGAAUAGCAUUGCAUUUUGUUUGUUAUACCUGGAUUUUCAGCGCGCCGUUGCAUUCUCGUUGCAUUUGCGCUUUUGAAAUAUUGCGGUGUCUUUCCGCCUAAAGCGAAUUUUGCUCGAAAAGUGUGAAAUCUACUUUUAAUAAAAUUACAUUACAGCAGUAUUUUCUGCUUGAGUUUCUAAGAGACUUAUUACCUUAUGACAGCUUAUGGUAACCUUGGUAACAAGGUAGUUUAUUGAGCCCAGCUGUGAGACGUCUAUGUAGUUGUAAAUUUUUGACUUUACGGUAAAGCCCCGAGUAUUAUUAGAAGAGAAUAUUAACAUUUAAAUUAAAAAAAUGAGACCGAUUAAUUAAAGCAAUUGACCACC